AUGUGGUCGUUUAUGGAAGACGACAUUUAUGAGAGAUGUUAUGCUUACUAUCGGAUGCUUUCGUUAAAGGACCUGCCAAUGAGACAAAUAUAUUUCUAUGGUCCCGGCGAUAAUGUCUGUUCAUGCGAGUCAAUCGAGGCCUUCGCUUCAAUUCAAGAGCAACGGGGUGCCGAAACCUAUCGUCACAUGUGGAAAGACUCGAUGCAUUGCCAGCAUUACCGUAGUCACAGUGAAGAGUACGAGAAGUACUGCCUGGACUUUGUACUCAACGGAGUCCCGAGACGACGGCGGUGGAGGCUGAAGUGA